GGUCACUCAAGAGCCUUGGCAGACAAGGCUGAAAAAUCGUCUGACACUGAAAUGAAGAAGAUCCCCCAUCCUCGCUCCUCAAUCUUUUGCCGCUCCAUCGCGAGCCGGACUUCGAAAACUAUGCCAUCAUGAGCGAUCCAUUUUCCAUCAGCGCCGGCGUGGUAGGGGUUGUGUCCCUCGGGCUUACACUGGGUCAAGGUUUUCUCCGAUAUUAUGGCCCGUGGAGAGACUUCGACGAUGAAAUCAAAGGGUUCACAACAAAGGUUGAUGGCCUUCUGCAGACGCUACGGAUGCUGGAAAGCUUACUUACCUCUCAAAACGAAACGCAAUUUCCAUCCGAUCAGUUCAGUGGCCUGGUAUCCAAGAACCUAACAGCGUGCGAAACAGCAUGCCUUCGCCUCCAAAAGAUACUCGAUGAUUGCAAGUCAAGCAAUAUCUCGAGCGUCCCUUUUAUUCGAAAGCACGAUUGGCUGCGGCUGAAGAGGGCGGCUUACCCGUUCAAGAAAGAGACGCUGGUCACGCUUUCUGACCUGGUCUCGGGCUUGCAGGACAACUUGAGUCUUGCGCUCCAGGUCUUAAAUCUUGCCCGGGCGAACGAGCAGCAGAAGCAGAUACAAGAUCUGAUUUUGAAAGCAUCCUCAAUCAAUGUGCAAACAACAAGAAUCCUAACUGUCGUUGAGGGGCAAAAUCCAACUGUGUACAUUGCGAGAUCUCUGCGAUCAACAACAGUUGAUAAACUACUGGUGGCGAAGACAGCAAAGGAUACGCUCGUCCCCGGCUGA